UAUCAGAAUUUCCUAGAGCACGAUAUUUUGGGAGAAGCAUUUGAAGAUGCUCUGGAGGUGUUACAGGAGAAUUCAGCCAGUGGAUAUCAGCAUCCUACAGGUGAGGAAACACAUUUCUGCUGUUGCAUGAGGUGCCAAAAUAUUCUGGAGCUUUGCAAAAAUAGUUAAAAUUGGGUUGGGUAAUUUUCAGGAAUCCAAAUUGAGUUCAGAUUUCAUACAAGCAAACUGCCAAAUUUAAACACAGCUGAGAAUUUAUUCAUUUGGACUGAAGCUUUUAAAUUCUCUCUUUAGUUAAUUGCCCUGAUGGGACUUGUUCAUUAAACCAUGAAUUUUGGAGAACUGACUGCUAGGGAAUUGAAAAAAUCACAGACAAAAAUAUACAAGCCGGAAUACAAAUCUGAACUUUUCCAAUUUUUCUAUUUAAAUGUUAAAGGGAUAUUUCAAGCACCAUACCCACGAAAGUGUGCUGUAGUGGUUAUGAUGCCACGGGUGCCUCUUCCCCACUGUGCAUCCUUUUUACACCAUUGUUGAUACCUUGUAUCAUUCUCGCAACAUCAUACAUGCAGAAAUGACGCAGGGCUUCAUUAGCUAUAUAUUCUCCAGUUUUCCCAUGUGCCCUGCCUGGUUGUAGUUCCUGUUGGGCCUGAAUGAUGCGUUAUACUCAGUUUUGAUUCCCUGGUAUCCUGACUUGGCUUUCCACAUAAAUAUUCUGAUUUUCUCGCCUCUUUGACCCGGUUUUGUUUUCUCCUUUGUCUGAUCUCUGAUGUUCCUUUAUUUUGUCUUGUCUAUGGUUAUUCUAUUACUCUAUGUAAUGUUAAGUCUGGCCAGCUCUAAUGACCAUGACAUCCUCACAUAUUGUCUGUCUAAGGGUGGGUUUGUACAUAUUGUCUGUUUAAGGGUGGUAUGUGUAACUGUGUGUGUGUGUGUGUGUGUGUGUGUGACUGUCUGCCUGUAACUGUGUGUGAAAGGGUGCAGAGAUUUUGUAGAAGAGGGCAGGGGUUUUGUAUUGGGACAGGGGUCUUGUAUAAAGGGGGGCUGAGCAGGGGAUUUGUGGAAGGGGAAUGCAGGGUUUUUGUAGAAGGGGACACUACAGGGGUUUGUCGAAGGGGGCAUGCCAGGGGUUUUGUAGAAAUACAUACAUUGUGCAAUACAUAAAAAAAAGAGGGAGGGGGGAGAGGGAGGUAAGGUGUGCCAAAAACAGGAUCUGUCCUGGGUGCCAAAUGCUCUAGGUACGCCCCUGGCCUCUGCCAUACUUACAUUAACACGGUACUCUUACUAUGCAUGUCACCAUCACAGGGAGCAGUUAUCUCCAAGGGAAUGAACAUUGUUACAGUUCUAGAAAUCUACAUAUGUAGAUGUGAAUCACCUUGUGUAUUAAGCACCUAACUCUUGGAAUCUGUAUACACAUUCCUUAAUCCUGUUAUGAGAGUGCGAUAUUCUCUAGAAUUUUUGUAUUGUUAUGUUUGGGGUACGCUGGUGAUAAAUUACCAUAGUAUCAGCACCUCAUUUCAUUUUUACUCUAGUUGGGUGCCAGCUGCACAAUUUUCUUUAUGUAUGUAUAUGCUUGGGUCUGUUUCUCUGUCUGUUUAUCUAUUUAUCUAUCUAUCUAUCUAUCUAUCUAUAGGUAUUUAUAAUGUUAGCGCGUUCCUCUUCAUUUUUAGUCUGUUGCCCCACCUUGCUUAAAUUAAAAUAAUAAAGUUAGACUAACAUUGAAUCCAGUGGCGUCUCACUCUUGCCACAGCCAUCACUGUUCUUCAUUUGAGAUCAGCCAGUUGGAUGAUCUUGGCCAAUCCAUAGGGGCUAUUGAAGGUGGAACUGCACAUACAUGGUAAUUGCCAUCCUGCCUAAUAGAAUUAUCCUCACAGAGAAGCAUUACAAAAAUUAUUGUAUAUUUAAAGUCUUCAGUUAGAAGUGCAUCUAGUGAUUGAUAGUCACUAAAGGCACACGGACAAAUGUCAACAUUACUGUUCUAGAUAUCAAGGCAACUACCUUAAAGGAACACUAUUGGCAUCAUAACAACUUAAUUUAAAUUAAAUUGUUAUGGUGCCAGGAGGUCCCUGUCACUUCCUUUGCUUUAGGAUUUAAACCUUUUUUUAACGAAUGGUUUAACCACAAAUUUUGCUCUGCAGCACUGUUUCUGUCCCAUCCUCCCUUAGACAGCCAGGGAUGGUUUCUCCUGCUUCUGUAAGCUCCACAGAGCUGACAUCAUAUGUUCCUAUUUAGGAGGGGCAUUCCCUAUUGUGGACCCAUAUUCCUCUGUCCUUCUUUUCAAUCCUAAUGUCUCUCUUUUCUAGGAUCUCUACAUUGUUGACAUGUCUGAUUGGAUAACAGAGCUUCGCAGCAAUUAAUAUGUAGUUAAACUAUAAUAAAUGUGUUUAGAAAUCAGUCUGUGUAAAUAAGAUAUAUUGUUCUUUUUUUAAAUUGCAUUUUAGUUGUAUAAAUCAUUAUUAGGAAGUCACCUAAAACCGGGGCCAGAUUAAGAGCCAAGUGGGCCUGGUGCUUAAAAAUUAUGAUGGGCCGAAUUACAGAAUCUUUUCGAAAAAAAAACACUAGAGCACUCCCAAGUGUCAUGUAUCUGAUGGAGAUGGUGCUGGAGGGAAAGAAAACAGCAGCUAUAAGAAAACACAUACCCUAUGCUAAUCUGUCUCUAAUUUAUGUUUUCAUCUUUCAAGUAGAUCCAUAACCCCUAAUAGCAGUGUCCAGUACAGCAGGAAGUCAAUGGGCGCAGUAAAAGGGUGGGCCACUGACACAAAUCACGUAACCUGCCAAAAGGGGCGAACAUGCCCAAAAAAGGAUUUGAUGCCUAAAGAAUUUGAAGGCCAGCCUGGCAUGAAUGCAUGUCAGGCUGCCUGCCAAUCAUGCAAGCUGGCCAACUAAGGACAUACUACGCAGACAGUAUCCUGAGCUUGACAUAAAUGAGUUUAAUGAUGCGCUCGCUCAAUGCUUUCUAAGGACUGUCCCCUAGCCCUCGCUGGUCCACUUGUCUCCUAACCUUCUUACUAGCAGGCAGAAGCUCCUGUUAUACAGUCUGGGACAGAGAAAAGGUGUAUGUAGUGAGUGUAGAAGAAAGGGAACAUGCCAAAGUGUUAGAGAGACCAAAGUCAGCAUUACGUUAACUAAUUUCAUUGUCAGCCAGUCCACACAAGUUUUGUUCCCAUACAUCCCUCUUAAGUUUCCAUACUUAAGCAAGAGUAUGUGAAAAGUAGUUAAGGUUGCCACCUAUCUUGGAAAAACAUACCGGCCUUAAUAAUUUGCAUAAUUAUUUAUGUAUGGGUGACAUCACAUGAUGUAAAUCACAAGGAGUGACAUAAGAGAAAAUGCUGCAAAAUCACCAAAAAACUACUUACAGUUUGAUUCUGCGGUAUAGAUGGAUUGCUCCCAGUGUCUCCCUGUCUCCCAGUGUCUCAAGUCUCGCACUGUCUCAGUGUCCCUAUGUAUCAAUUUCCCCAUGACUCCUAGUGUCCCUAUGUUGUCCAGUGUCCCCUAGUCUCCCAGUGCCCCCUUGUCUCCGAGUGCCAUCAUGACUCAGUGUCCCCAUGUGUCAAUUACACCAGGUCUCACAAUGUCCCUAUGUAUCACAGUGUCUCAGUGCUCCAUGUCUCCCAGUGUCCCCUAGUCUCUCAGUGUCCCCUAGUGUAAUGUCCCCAGGUCUCCCAGUGACCCUAUAUAUCACAGUUUCCCUAUGUAUCACAAUGUCUCAACGCCACAUGUCUCCCAGUGUCCUCUUGUGUCUCCAUGUCGCCCAGUGUCCCCCAAUAUUCCCGUGUUUCUCAGUGUCCCCUAGUGUCUGUUACCAUGUCUCCCAGUGUCCCCUAAUGUCUGUGUCCCCCUGUCUCCCAGGGUCCCCACAUCACUAGGAACACAGAGGCAUGGGGACACUUAGACAGGGGACAUUGGGAGACCUGGGGACACGGAGAGAAAUGUGGACAUUGAGACACUUGGGGCACUGACACUUGGGGACACAGACACUAGGAGACACUGGGAGACUAGAGGACACUGGCUGGGACACAUAGGGACACUGGAAGACUAGGGGAUACUGGGGGACUAGGGGACACUUGAAGACAUGGGGACACUGAGACACCAGGCAUACUGGCUGGAGGACAUUGGGACAUUGAAACAUUUAGGGCACUAAGAGACAUGGGGACACUAGGAGACAUGAGGACACAGACACUAGGGACACUAAGAUACUUGGGGACACUGAGACACCAGGGACACUGGGAGACAUGGGGACACUGAGACACUAUGGACACUGGGAGACUAGGGGACACUGAGACACAGGGACACUAUCUGUUAGACAUUGGGAAACUGGGAGACAUAAGGACACUGUGUCCUUAGUGUCUCAGUUUCCCCAUGUCUCCCAGUGUCUCUGUUUCCCCACAUGUCUGUGUUAUAAAGUCUCCCAGUGUCCCUUAGUGUCUCAGUAUCCCCAUAUCUCCCAGUGUCCCCUAGUGUCUCAGUGUCCCCAUGUGUCCCCUAGUGUCUCAGUUUCCCCAUGUCUCUCUGCUGCCUUUCCCCCAUCCCACACUUCCCUGAGCUGUAGGCUGUCUCUGCAGGCUGGGAGUUGCUGUCUGGACUCUCUGUAGCCACUCCUCUGCAGAUCAGUGAGUAGAGAUAGGCAGGGUGGGAUAUGCUGGAACUUCCUAGCCCUGCCUCUUUACACACACAGCGACCCCCUACUGGCCAGUGCUGGUAUUGCAUUGUAAUCUCUGUUUAUACUGAGAAAAAUACCAGCAUUUUUAUUGCCAGUAUUAUUGCAGUAUCGGCACCGACCAGGAAGUCUCAAAUUACUGGCUGUGUCAGUAAAAUACUAGCUAGGUGGAAACCCUAAAAUUAGAGUGUAAAAAGAAAAAAAAAAAACUUUUAAAAAAAAUAAUCAAUGGGCCUAUUUCCUGGGCAUGGGCCUGGAGCUGCAGCUCCAUCAGCCCCUAUGUUAAUACGGUCCUGCCUAAAACGUUUCAGAACAGCCCUGCCCUGGGCCUCUCACAACCCUAAAAUUAAAUUGUUGCUCUUUGUCUAUAUGAAAUGUUGUGAGGUAUGUAACAGGCAAUUUUAUUCACUAUCACAAAUAUGACAAAUUCCAUACACAUAAAGCACUUAAGCAAGCUGAAGUACAUUCUCUGUGUGGAGUGUUCGUUUAACAAAGCAGGAGACACAAAAUUCUAAACUGAAUACAAUGGGCAAUAAGGGAAGAAUGUAGACCUCUUUCAGGAAGUGUGUGGAGAGGCUGUGUGAGUUUCUGCCAGGGGAGGUGUGUCUAGCGCUACACAAAGUGAUUUAAUUCCUAAAUGCAAAAAAAUGAGCAGUGAGAUUGCAGGAGCAUGAUCUAUGUGUGUAAAACACUUAAUUAAGCUGAAGUUGCUUUGGCUGCUUAGAGUGUCCCUCUUAUAUAUUAAAAAUGCAUGCUUUUAAAACCACUCAUGCCUAUAAUCAUUUAUUCUAUAGUAAAAUAAUAUAAAAUUAUAUCUAUACACGGUGCUAGCAAAUGUAUAGACUGGGAUAAAAACCUAUUUAAAAAUAGGUCUUUCUCCCACCUGUUAGUCAAAUCACUAGCAUGGACUCUUUGCAGAAGAGAUAACUGACAAGAGAGAGCAGAAAAAAACCCAUACAGAUGGUUCUCCUGCUUUCUAUACAUCUUAUGCACAGAGCAUGCUGGUUAGGUAGUAUAAGAACAGAACUGACCUAUAAGUGUGUUAAUGCCAUAUCAAUAGGAAUCUGUUCAACCCUACCUUGGAGGGGUUGCAGGUUCAAAUCCUGACAGCAUUGGCUCAGCCCUUCAUCCUUCUGAGGUAGUUAAAAUGUGUACCAUUAAAUUGGGUAAUAGUAACCGCAGGAUGUACUUGAAAACCAGAGCAAUCUGAAUGUACGUUUCCUGGUUAAAUACUUUCUUAUUAUUAUGUAUCUCUGUGAUAGACAAUGUAUUUGGGGGGUGGAUGUUUGCCAAAAUUUCAAUGUGAAUGAAUUGUAUUUAUUCUAAUAUUUAUUUUAAAUCAACAGAGUGCAAAAGUAGCAUCACAUUUUUUAAUAAUCAUCCACAAGCUGUAGGGACUGACAGCUGCUUUACCACACUUUCUGUAGAAGCACCAAGAUACAACUGGAGAGAUUCAUCAGUAAGUUAAUAAAUAUUCUACAUGUCUUAUGGAGGAAUGUAUUAAUAAAGAGAAUACAAAUUGACAUAGUUAUUCACUAAAAUGUAUAUUGUCUAAGAUUUAAUGUGAAUUUCAAAUUUGAGGCAAAAAAAGCAAAGCUGAAACCAUCUAACCUGGAGAUUUCUCCAGUUUUAUCUAAAAUGUAAAUUUUACUUAGAAUUUAGUUUGAAUUCCAGAGAAUUUGAAAACACAUAUGAAGGGGGGGGAGGGGCCGGGCCGCCGGGCUGACUGGAAGUAGACCAUCAUGGCUCCGGGCCCGGGCUCCAAAGCCAGAUUAACAGCCAUAACAGCAUGGAUAAUAAACCUAGCUCCAAUUUGGAGCCAGUUAGCAGCCAACUGCAUGCAGGGAGCACCGAUACCGAUAUCCCAGCCUACUUACUACAAGUUUGGACAUGAGCGGCACAUGAGCGACAUCCACGCAGCUCUGCUCCAAGGAGAAAAUAAUGAUUCCCAUAAGAUAAAUACCUCUGUGGAGGGCCAUACUGGCUCGGGGUACGGCCUCCUUCUCCCCCCCGCGGUGGGGGUAAUCGCGGGCGCAUGGGGAAAGCACAGACCAGGACGGGAGCUCCCUGCUCUCCUGAACUGGCAAGGGCUGCCAGUACGCUGCCCGCUAGUUCACUGGAGUAAGGGGAUUUGCGCAUACCCUUUCUGGGGUAAAACUGAGGACUUUCCCUGAGACCAAUAUCGACUACUUAUGUCCCUGGAUGGCGGCAACAUGAGCACUGCUAUGCAGAGGAGCUGGACCCCUGGGGAUGGCCCAUGGGGGAGUGUAGGCUCCAAUCUCUGGGUUCGGGGGUGCCCAGGGAACAUUGUCCCUGGCAAUGAGAGCCCUGUCGGACUGGACGAUGCAGACCUACCAGUGUACCGGUGGCCGUGGGUUUUGCGCACCUGUCGCAAGUGUGAGGCCGGAGCAAGGAGAGACAUACAGGAGCAUGCACUCUCGGAGACAUCAGAGGUGUUGGGUAGGUGCAGGGGGCAGGGGGUCUGCAGACUCUAGUCGGGGGCGGGGACAAAGGACUGACCUAGCCUCUGAGUGCCUACAAUGCCAUGGAAUGUUCUGCAGUGGAAUCAGGACAGCCCAGGGGAGACAGAUGGGGUCUACCGACCUGGGGGGCCUAUGCGGUGGUGCUACGAAUAGCCCCUCCUUGCCAUAAGCUUUGCCCUGGGUAGAUAUGCUAUAGUGGACAUCCCUUGACAUUGCUUUCGCUGCAUCAUCCAGCUGAGGGUGACAUAGUAUCCUACUGUCCUCUCAGGGCGCUUCAACCUUAUCGCUUAUCACUUAUUUUUAUUUUUUAUUUUAUUGGCCUCACUUCCCAGUACCGACUGAAAUUGUCUAAAAUGGCUAUGAUUCAGGCUACCUGGUUCCACGCUGCAGUCAAGCCUCCUAUGGAUACCUACUAUUAUUUAAAUUUUAUGAGCAUGUGCAUUUCAUGUUUCCUGCAUCCAUUAGCAUUAUGUUCAGGAUGCUUAAUAAUGUUUAACUACAGUACAAGAUACGCAGGCUAAAUUGCAUAUAGUAUACUGCUUACCUACACACCAUGCCACACUUGGCUCUUAGGCACCUGUUAUAAGUACAGUUCACACUAUUGCUUUCCACAGCAUUACUACAUGGCUAUAUUACGGCACUGUAUUAUCAUUUAAAACUUUACCUAAAAAACCCCCCAAAAAAACAGUUUGUGUUUUGGCUUCAUAUACUCGGUCAUAUUCUUCUUCAUGCUUUAAAGAGACACCAUACUUUUUCUUUUAUUUUAGGGUCUUUGGGGAAUGAUGGAGAUAAAAUCAGAGUCCAAUUUAUCACAGGUAACAGAACUGAACACAUUUUCCUUUUUGGCAAAUAAAUGAGACUAUUGACCCAGACUAGCAAAAUCAGCAUGCCUAGAAAUUAAAGAUAGACUGUUAUAUGAAUUAAUUAUCCCAGUGGUUUCCAAACUUUUUAGGUUCAAGGCACCGUUAAUAUUGUAAUAUUUUUUCAAGGUGCCCUAAGUCUAGGUAGUAUAUAUGUACAGCGCAGCUGCAUAUAUUGGGCCCCUGUUCGUCAGAAAUGCUUACUGUUCAAGCGCAGAUCCAGAACCUAAUCUUGGGAAGGGCACUGGUAGAUUAUUUAAAGAAACAUAAUCCAGACACAAUAACCACUACAACACUUUGUAGUGGUUAUGGUGUCAAUAGUGCCCUCCCAUAGUAAGUAGCCAAACUGUUUAAGAACAGUUUGACAACUUACCUGGGAUUUGCUGGGAUUGGGGCUGUAGUAGGGGAUAGGGGCAGUAGGGGUGCAAUAUGUGUAUAUGUGCAGGGCCGGCCUUAGGUCCUUAGGCACCCUGUGCAAAAAAAUCUUCGCAUUCCUUUUAUAGUGUGUAUGUAUAAGAGUGUAAUGAUUGUAUAGGGGAUUUAUUAAAUUAAUAAUGAUUUUAAAACAAAGAUUAGUUCCUCCUUUCCUGUUGUCACCUAGUUGGGAGAGGGGCAUGCUUAUCUGAAUCUGGUCUACCCCUCUACUGGGUGCACACCAUGCGUAACUGUCUCGCAAGCUCAGCGACUUGCAGUGUCCUGUGGUAAUCUGCAGCAGUGCUCUGAUUGGCCGGAGCUAGGAAGACAGCUACUUAUGGUCUGCAGCCAACAGAAGUGCAUGCCAGAUGUGUCAGACUGCAGAGUCACAUGCACACAGUCCCACAGUCACAUGCACACAGUUAUACAUAUACACUGUCAAAUACACAGGAUCAGGCAGAAACACACAGGUACAGUCAGUUACACACAUAAACACUUACUGGCAGAUAAACACACUCACACAGUUACAGACAGACAGUAACACACAGUUACAUACAGUCACACACACAGGUACAGGCAGACAGUCACACGCACAUACAAUUACAAUCAGACAGUAACACACACACACAACGUUACAGGCAGACAGUCACACACACAAUUACAGGCAGACAAUGACAAACACAUACAGAUACAGACAGUCACAUACAUACAGCCACACAUACAGUCUCACACACACAUACACACAGUUACAUGCAGACAGUCACAGACACACAAAGGCAGUCACACACACAGGCAGUCACACACCCACACACAGAGGCAAACAGUAACACACAGUCACACACACAGGCAGACAGUCACACACACACACACACACACAGGCAGUCACACACACACACACACACACAGGCAGACAGCCACACACACACACACACACACAGGCAGACAGCCACACACACAGGCAGACAGUCACACGCACACACAGGCAGACAGCCACACACACAGAGGCAGACAAUUGCACAUACUCACACACACUCACAAACAAACAGUCAUACAUGGUUACCUCUGUCCUUUAUGGUCUGGGAGGAGUGAAGGCAGUGCAGCUCCUGGGGUCUGGUUGCUGCAGAAGCCGGGACUCCUUUCUGCUUCCCAUGCAACCGACAUUUGUAGCCCAGCCCACCAUCAUUUUAGUCCCUCCUUUGCCGCAAGGUUAGUCCCACCCCUACCGCAAUGCUGGAUAAAAUUUUUUUAAUCCCGGGUGUAGAAUAAUGAAAUCCUCCACCCAGGUAGCCGGCCAUGUCCGAGCUGCAUAGCUGCACUGCUCACACCCCCCUAAGACUGGCCCUGUAUGUGUGAGUGGUGGAGUGUGUGUGAGGGGUACAGUGUGUAUGUGGGUGAGGGGUGCAGUGUGUGUGUGAGGGGUGCAGUGUGUGUGUGAGGGGUGCAGUGUGUGUGAAGGUUGCAGUGAGUGUACGGAGGUGCUUUAUGUUUGUGUAGGAUGUAGUGUGUGUGAGUGGUGCAGUGUUUGUGGGGGGGCAUAUUGUAUGAGGGGUACAGUGUGUGUGAGGGGUACAGUGUGUUGGGGAGGCAGGUUGUGUGAGGAGUACAGUGUAUGUGUGUGGGGGUGCAGUGUUUGUGAGGAGUACUAUUUAUGUGUAUGGGGGGGUAAUGUGUGUGUGUGUAUAGUUGGCAGUGUGUUUAUGGGGGAGCAGUGUGUGUAUAUUGGGGUAGUGUGUGCGUAUGGGGCAGUAAUUGUGUGUAUGUGGGGCAGUGUGUGUGUAUGGGGGGACAGUGUGUAUGUAUGGGGGGUUAGUGUGUGUAUGGGGGUAAUUGUGUGUGGGUGGCAGAGUGUGUGUAUGGGGGGAGUUAUUGUGUCUCUGUGGGGGUAGGAGGGCAAAUUCAUAAAUAUAUAAUUUCUUUUUUUUUAAUUAAAAAUAAUACUUUCCAUAUCCCCCCUUGACCUUUGCCUGGGAGAGGGGGGAUAUGGAAAGUAUUAUUUUUAAUUAAAAAAAAGAAAUUAUAUAUUUAUGAAUUUGCCCUCCUACCCCCACAGAGUUCUAAUCCCUGGUGGUUUGCGAGGAAGCCCUGGUGGUCCUAGUGGUGAGAGUGAACUCUAGCCUGCAAUGCUCCGAGCUCGCGAGAAGAUAACCUAGUGGAGCUGCAAGUUAGAGCUCCCCCCAGGUCCUCUCUCCCUACCUGCAGAGCCAGCAGGGGAGAGGGAGGUACAGUUCGCGGUGCUUUGAUCAUAGCACCAGAAAAAUAUCUUGCGGCGACCUUGUGUGCCGUUGUGGCGCCCUAGGGCACCGCGAUACACAGUUUGGGAACCGCUGCAUUAUCCUAUUAAUUCAUGUCCCUUUAUAUGUUGAAUUGUACUGUGCAUGUCUCCUAUAAUAUGUGUACCACUGCUCCCCAGAACAUACCUGAAAACAAUAGAAAUCUCACUGUAUCCUUCCUAGUAUAUAUUUUAUAAAUACAAAAAUUAUAAAAGUUACACUUAGAUCUUAAUGCAUUAAUGAAAACAGAUAAGGAAAUCCCUUUAUAUUUUGACUCUGCUAAGUAUUUAUUAUUUAUUAUUAGUUUAAUAACUUACAAAAUAAGUUAGGUCCUAAUUAUAGUACCCUAUGACAUGGUGGCUGGACCCAAUUUGGUCCAUAAUUUUCAAGGAAAUAUGUAAGAAUUUGAGACUUUAUUCUAGACCCUAACUUUAAAUUAGCACUCCAAUAUUAGGAAAACAAACCUAUAUUUGUAAUGUAGAGGUACACCUGUCAAUAUAGAUUGAUGGGCCUCUCUUUGAUACUUAAAUAAAGCCUUUUUUGUUACCGUAUAUCCCCUGCCAUGCCUAGAGCCUGGUCAGAUGAAAAUAACAUUAAAGGAACACUAUAGGGUCAGGAACACAAACAAGUAUUCCUGCCCUAUAGUGUUAAAAACCACCAUCUAGCUCCCCCUGCACCUCCCACCUUUGCCUUCCAAAAUAUAGUAAAAUCUUACUUUUAGUCAAGUCGGCAACUGCUGCAUCUGCACCUGAUCAGCCUGCUUGGCUGACAUCAUCAAAGUGAUUCUCCAAGCCAAUCACAAUGCUUUCUCAUAGGAUUGGCUGAGACUGUCAAGGAGGCAGAACAGGGGCAGAGCCAGCAGAUUCCAAACACAGUAUCUACUCAUGUAGAUGCAUUGAAGUUCAGUGUCUCCAUGCAGAGGGUGGAGACAGUGAAUGUCAAUGUAAUUCCCCAAGAAGCACCUCUAUCUUAGCUUUAUCAAACAAUAUGCUUUUAACUAGAAUUAAUCUAUAAUGUCUCUUGUUCUUUGUAGAUAAACACCCCAAAUAUAUAUGGAGAUUGUAUAUAUCAGAGCAACCAGACUACUCAAGACGAACAUGUCAUGUGCAUUGCGCACACAAAGAAAGUCUCACACAAAAACGGUAAGUAAAAAAGAGAAACAUUGUGACAUAAGAUUUAAAAAACAAAACACAACUCAUUAACAAAGAGAGAAAUAGGUCACAUUUUUAGUACAAGGGACUAAAUAGAUUGUAUUUUUAAAAUCCCAAAUAACAAUGGAUAAUAAUAUUUUCCUCAGUAAUGAUUAUGCAAGAUAAUAGGUCGCUAAACCAGGAGAAGCACUAUAUCUUAAAAGAACUUGCAAAGGCUGCAGUUCUUAGCAAGCACUCUUCUUUUUUCCCGGAAUAAACUUUCUGUCUAUUCAUAGGGAAAUAACCAAUCAGAGGCUUCUCAUUGAGAAGCCUCUGACAUGGUGCCCACGUGCACGGACAUGCUGGCUCGUGCACAUGUGCACACUCUGUUGCAUGCACGAGUGUUGGCUCUUGCACGGGUGCGCACGUCUGCUGCUGAGCAGCUGGUCUGACGUCUGUCAAGUAGCGCGUGCCUGCCAUUUCCGUUAGCUAACAGAAGUUGGAAGGAAUUUUCCUUGGCCCUUUCACUGGCAAGGGGAGUUUCCUAGUUAAUUUAUAAAAGUUCUGAUUUCAGAAAUCAGCACUUUUAUAAACUGGGGUUAAACUAGGGCACUCCUCGUCCAUAAAGCACUUCAUCUUGCCGAAGUGCCAUUGGGAUGUGGAGUGGUCAUUUAAUGAUAUAUAUAUAGUUUAUGGGACCAAGUUCAUGAAUAAGUAAAGAAAAUGCAUGAAAGUGUAAGUUGGCUGUUUUUACUGUAUUGUGUUUCCCAAUGUCUCUCUGUACCAAUCAUUUCAUGGAGUAAAAGUAAUGGCAUUCUUUAGCUGUGAUUUUAGGGUAUAGUGUUUCAUUUGCGGUUCUGACUACAGAGUUCUGCAGUCUUUAUUGUUCCAGGGGAAAUGCUUAUGCCAGUGAUUCAGUAAGAUACCCAUGUUAUUUUUAUUUAUGAAUUAUUUAUUUAUUACUGGCAUUUAUUAAGCGGCAACAUAUUCCGCAGCGCUGAUCAAUAAGCUUGGACUAAUGCUGCAUACUUCUCUAAUAUAUCAUAUAAGAUAGCCGUGAACGGUCAUUAUAUGUUUUUUAGCCCUGGCUAGGAUGCUACAAAUGCUGUGUUGGCAAUUCAUGACAUUUCAUUUUUAAAUUUCAUUUUUACAUUUAAAAUAAACAAAAGAUGCAACUUAUACUUAAAGAUUGGGAGGCAAAAAAUAAAAUACAAAUUCUACAUUAUUCUGUAGAUGCCGGAGCGUACAUGUUUAUCAUAUAGUAAUGUCAAUCUGAAAACAGAAGUGGGCCUUUUGUACUUACCUUUGCUGUACUAUGCACCCCAGUUAGUGGUUCAUUAGAGUUUACAGGAAUGAGUCAACAAGGAACUAUCAAUAGAGCAAUGAUGCAAUUACUCACAAAAUUAAACACUAAUAUGUAUCAUUUUUUAUCAUCAGGACGGAGGAAGCUGCGACUUUUCGAAUAUCUUCUCGAAGCUCUGCAUAAUCCAGACAUGAUGAGCUGUAUUCAGUGGGUGGAUGAACUAAAUGGCGUUUUCCAGUUUGUUUCUAAAAACAAAGAGAAGCUGGCAGAAUUAUGGGGCAAAAAAAAAGGCAACCGUAAGAUCAUGACUUACCAAAAAAUGGCCCGGGCCCUUAGGAAUUAUGGCCGGACAGGAGAAAUAAUGAAAAUCAGACGAAAAUUGACUUACCAGUUUAGUGCAAUAGUUUUACAAAGACUAUCACAAGUUAACUUACCUGAAAAAGAUACCGUGCAUCGCCAAUAUUUCCAACAUGAAGUAGAGUUCUGGAACAGCCAUAAUAAUCACUGGGAUUCUAAUAAAUACUCAUGCACAUACAACAGUGCGUAUCCAUUCCAUCAACAGUUUAAUUAAACCCACUAUGGAAACUUUCAAGGAUUCAGUAUAUAUUAAUUGUAGAUUAUGCUAGCUUUAGUGUACCUAUAAUCUUAAUUUUAUUAAUGACAGGAGGCGAGUAUUUGCUUAAGUCUCUCUUUACUAGAACUCCACAGCAGCACAGAAAAACAACCAAUCAGAAAAAAGUUAGAUACUAUAAAACUCCCCUCCCCAUGCAUAAUUUCCUCUUUCAAGCUGCAACAAAACAGAACAAAAGGCAGAAAAUAUAAUGGGGAAGAAACAAAGUCCUAGAUAUAAUGAAUACAACAAUGCCCAUCCUCCGAGAAGAACUGCCAAACCAGAUAGCGUUGAUGGACUGUAAACUGAAACGAGAGAAAAAACAGAAUCGAACAGGUUGGUUAGCCAAUGAAAUGUACUCUGAACAAACAUGUAGGUACUCAAUGUAGCAACCAACAUUACCGUAACCUGCAUAGAUCCCAACCCGACUUAUGAAAAACAAACAUAAGAACAAGUGACAGGUAGCAGAGACAACAAGCAGAGUUGCAUACGUACCUGAUGAACUCAUACUAUAAAAUUAAACAAGGGAGGGAUAAGAAUGGUCGGGAAAUACUCGCCUCCUGUCAUUAAUAAAAUUAAGAUUAUAGGUACACUAAAGCUAGCAUAAUCUACAAUUUUAUAACAUGACAAGAGGCUUCAUAUUUGCUGUUUUAACGCUCAGCCAACAAAUCCAACUCUGUUUGUUUCACUGGUACCUAUUCCGUGAGAUAUUAGAGCAAUCCUAAAUGGACCUUCCAACUGCAAGAAGUGACAGUAGACGGAUCGAUGAAGAUGCCAGCUGAGGAAGUAUACCAAAUACGGAAAAAUACCAUCCGCUGAUAGAUCCAUUGUACGUGGGGUUGCGACCUGUUUCCCAGCAGCCGGCCCAUGAGCGACAAGCUGACCUAUUAGCCAUUUUCCUGUAGGUUUAAAAUGCCGAAGGUCAUUUGCGGACUUAGGGCCGCGAGAAGAAACUGCCACCAUGUCUCGACUCUUGAUGUGGAAGGUGGCUCCUCCUAUCAUGCCAGGGUUACCAGGCGAUGUGGCCUUGCAGGCAAAUCUCCAACCUCAAAGAAUGCGCCUAAGUCUACACCCAAUUCCGUAAUAGAACUGAGUAGGGUCUUUUUGUUCCCUCAUGACCUACCCAGUGAGUUGUCUCAUCUGAGAAUGAAUUUAUAAUGCAGGCAAGAGUGUGGUCAAAACUAGCCGUAUCCUAAGUGGUUCCAGUAUUCCAAAAGGACUGUGUAAUCUGCGGCUGGGGUAGAGAAAAGACUCUCAAAAGACUUCCAAUUAAGGUCCCAAACUGAACUUGUGUGGUGAAACGGUGGUCGACUAUUCUGGGGAUUGUGAAUCCCGGAAAUAUUCAAAACAAUGGGAACGUAAACCGGGGUUGAGAUUUCCAUCCAGAUGUAUCAUCGUCUAAGAGUGAUAAGAUGUCCGGAUCCAAUGGUGAUUGGGACCUGUAUAACAAAGAAGACCUGUAUAACAUAGAGGGGCGUCCCUCCUGCAUUCAAUUAGAUCUAACGACCGUGCUACCGAUUUCGUUAUAGAGGGCUGGCUGAUCAUGCAGGAUAUACAUGUUUGGACUGGAUCUCUCUAUUUCACCUACUAACAAAAAAUUUAGAUAAAGGGAAAUACGUAGCUCGGAGAGAAGGUAAAUAGCAGAUUGGAAAAACAAGCCAAGUAAACCCAACUGAAAGGGUCAGCAGCUAAAAGGUUAGUUGCUGAAGGCAAGGAAACCGUGCUCCCAUGUUGGCGUCUGAGCACUGGUCCCUGCUUGUGCGAGAUUCCCCUUGGAGAUGUGCCGCUGCCGGGCUGGUGUAAAUCGUGGUUGCGUGCCCGGGAAUCUUCAUAAAAGCUUUGCCACUCAGGGCAUGAGCUGUAGGGCCUUCAUCCUUCCAAUCAUAUUUAGGUGCACUUGGCAGCAGUGUUUGCCUGGACACCCACCUAUCUCCAUGUCAACAGUGGGUACUGAGUUUUCCUCAGUGAUAUUCCCCAAGGCCUGCAGCCAAAAGGGGGUUUGAGCACAGAUAGAUCAGGCCAACGAUGGGCACAGGUAGAGCAGGCGAGACAGAAGGGCACAGACAUAGUAGGCCAAUUAAAUGGGCGCAGAACUUGCAGGCCAAUCAAUGGGGCACAGACAGAGCAGGCCAAGCAAAGGGGCACAGACAUAGCAGGCCAAUCCUGGGUUGCGUAUUAGGAGUAUUGGGGACCCCUGAGUUUGGGCAGAGUCCCCUAAAUAUCUGUAAAUGCUCAGGGUAUCCUGUGACCUAGGACCCCUAGACAUCAACCCUUUUAGACAGCGUAAUACUGUGUGAAUAAACCUUAACCGGGACUGGCAGUCCUUAAAUGCCCAGCACGCAAAAUAGUGGUAUUCCAGCUGUAUUGGGUAUAAUCUGAAGUUGUUCCUUGCUUAUAUAGUGUCCAUAAAAUCAAGAUACACUGAGCGAUACAUUCCUUACACUGUGAAUUGGUAUGCACAUGUACAUACAGAUCUGUUUGAGAUUCUUAUCUUGUUAUAGAUCAUCAUCAUCACACCACCUGAAAGGUAAUGUACCAAUGGUCUCUUUCAGGAGUAGGACUAAACAAUUGUCAACUCAAUGAAUCUCCCCAUAGAACCUGAUAAAAAUAGAAUAGUAUCAGCAUAGACUGGUUUCCCAUACCAGUUUGAGCCAGAGCCAGGUCUGCUUAGCUUUUAACAUAUGCCAUGGACAGUGAAUUCAUACCAGAGUAGUCUCAUCUGAGAUUCCAUAGCUGGACCAGAAUAUGUAUAUACUGUGAAGCACAUCAAUCCUAGAGCUAACUAGCCAACUGGCUCUGUAUACACCCUGUACAGAGCCUGUAUAACUGAGUUUCAUAUAUACCUGUAACUCACAGUAAUCUGUGAUAUACACUGUCAGCAAAACUCAGAGAAAUCUGUGAUAUACACUGUCAGCAAAACUCACAGCAAUCUGUGAUAUAAAAUGGGGGGGGGGGGUGCUGAAAUCAAAGGGAGAGCAAACUGAAUAGGUAUCUCCAGGAACCCCCAUGUCCCCAUGAAACCAUCGCAACGUAAAAGAAAAUAUCCCAAAGAAAACCAGGGGAAGCAAAGAAGAGCCAAAAGGCACAGAAAUCUUAAAAAAACUAAGCAUAAUUAAUAUAAGUCAUAAUAAAACCCAAAGCCACCAACUAUAAGCAGGAGGCAGUGGUACUCUGACCUGUACUGACUGCGGAGCAGCAAAGAAAGAGGAAAUGAUGUAUGGGGAGGGGAGUUUUAUAGUACCUAACUUUUUUUCUGAUUGGUUGUUUUCUGUGCUGCCGUGGAGUUCUAGUAAAGAGAGACUUAAGCAAAUACGAAGCCUCCUGUCAUGUUAUAAAAUUCCCUUUAAUGCAUCUACCAUCUCUUAUCGAUUUGGGUAUGAAAAAUCAAUCCAAGUGCACUUCUUUCUGUGAAAAAAAAUAAAAAAAUAAAAUUUAUAUAUAUAUAUGUAUAUGUAUAUAAAAACAUAAAUAUAUAUUUCAGUAAAAAAGUAAAGUUCUUUUUACUGUGCAUGAGACCAAUCUUGGCUUUUAAAUUGUGUCUAACAUUUGUAAAAAAAAAUAAAAAAUAAAGUGUAUUUGCUUAUUUUGACAUACAGAAACGUAUUUGUGUCCUAUUCAAUGAAGUGUUAUUUAUUUAUUUCCAAUUUAAAGUUUAUUGGAGUUUUAUAUACUGAUUAUACUUCCAGAUUGGUAAGGUUUUCUCCUUGACUUUUCAUUUCUGUCAUCUGGCUAUCUCUUUAAUCUGCCCCUCGCUUCUACUACAUCAAGCCACUUUUAGAUGAUACCCAUUUCGGCCUGGGUUUCCUUGAGGUCCUUCCACAACUUUCUUAAAUUCAGCAGAAGCCGUUUCAUGUCCCCUUUUUUGGAUGGAGAAGAGUCCUCAUCAGACUCGGACUCCUGGUAGGCAUCCUCAGAUCUGUUCGAGGCACUAGACUCCAUGUCCUCAUGGGAAUCUCCUGAGGCCUUAGCCUCAAUUUGCGCAGCAGGCACCAUCUUAGGUGGUAAACGCUCCACAAGCCCUUCAAAUGAAAGCCUGAUGUCGGUCAUACCAGAGUCAUCCGGACAUUGGGACUUCUUGUGUUUUUGCCCCAUAACAUUAUCUGGGUGGGGAUGUUGACAGGCAGUUGGUAAGUAGUCGUAUCUCAUGGCAAAAUCAUAGAAAUAGCGGGUCUGUUUUGGAGCUCCAUUCAAGCAAGUCUGGUUCAGUUUACUGUUGGCUGCGCCCACCCCUGUUGUUUAUUUUUUUUAAUAUUAGUUGGCAAGUAAACAUUUUUGCCAAAUAGAAAAAUAGUAAACUAGUAAAAUUAUUAAGUGCCACACAUUGAAAGAAGGAGUGGCAUAUUUAAUUUAUGUUUAUAUAUUUAUUAAUUCAGUAAUAUAAAAUGUUAGUUGGUAUGAAUGCAAUAUAAAAGGUACAGAUUAAAAGGAACACAUUUUCAAAAUGUAUGCCUAUCAUAAUUUAUACAGAUCUAGGCCAUCACAAUAGAUUAGCAUGUUUAAAGGACCACUAUAGUGCCAGGAAAACAUACUCGUUUUCCUGGCACCAUAGUGCCCUGAGGGUGCCCCCACCCUCAGGGUCCCCCUCCCACCUGGCUCUGGAAAGGGGAAGGGGUUAAAACUUACAAUGCUUUCCUAUGGACGCUUGCGUGCUCUCACUGUGAUUUUCACAGUGAGAAUCACGCAAGCGCCUCUAGAGUCUUUGGGGGAAGGCUUAACCCAUUCAUAAACAUAGCAGUUUCUCUGAAACUGCUAUGUUUAUAAAAAAAUGGGUUAACCCUAGAAGGACCUGGCACCCAGACCACUUCAUUAAGCUGAAGUGGUCCAGGUGCCUAGAGUGGUCCUUUAACUGUUUUUACCAUACAAGAUUUUAAAAGUGUGCUGUUCCUUUAAAAUACUAUACAGUGUAUAUAAAGUGUAACAAACUGCAAUUAUAAAGUGCUGAAAAAAGUGACAUAUAUUGUUUAAAAAAUUGUUAAAAUAUUGUGCAAUAAUUGAAAGUGCACUGAGUUGUAAGUAUAAUAAAAACUUACUUAGUAGUCCCCUAAAAUUGGAAAUUCAUAAUAGUCUCCCACAGGUAUGUGAUGGAGCAAAAUACAUAAAAAAAUCAAGAGGAGAAAAUAUAUAGUGUAAUUCUGUAGCAUAUAUUACAGUAAAAUAAGUGAAUCUAAUAAACUCACAAGGAGAGAGCAGUAAAAGUCUGCUCUAACUUUAAUAGCUUGGAUCCUAAAAUCAGGACUGUAGUAUAGCAGGUAAACAGGACGGCAACUCGAUACGACAAAAUUCUUUAUUCCCAUAAAAUAAAAUGAAAGUUCACAUAUCAGUGAUACAGCUCUUUUCCCUGAUGUAGUGUAGUCCAUACACUUUGGCUUCUUAGUCUUUCCAACUCAGGGCUGGCACUUGCGGUUUUCAGGCUAUUGGCACAGUGGGGAGUUCUUCCGGGAUCCUGAGCAUCGUACGACCAGGUAAUGACGUUGAACGUAUCAGAAUGUGAUGACGCGUUUUGCCUGGUCGGCUUCUUCAGAUCGCAUAGUUUGUCCGUCCUGUACUUUUUAAGUCCGCUAUAGUAGGUGUGAUACAUUAAAAGUCACUUUGUGAUUGGUCCUUCCUGGAAACCUUAAACCUGAGUAACUACAUGCCAUUAUGUAAAUGUUUAAAGUCCACAAGACUAUGGUAUAUCACCUGAACCCUGUUUUGCACGAAAAUCACACAACAAUGGUAUAUCUCAGAGAGUAGAAAGUACAUAAAAGAAACCCAGACAUUAUAUAAAAGAAAGACAGAAUAAUUAAAAAAAAUACUAAUGCAAACAUAUAAUAAAAUGUAUAAAUAUAUAAAAGAAAUACCAACUCAAAAGGGAGAAAAAAAGGAGGGGCAUUAAUAUUAAUUAAUAUCGCUAAAUCUACAUUCCUAAUUGGUAUACACAGCAAUAUAUAAGAUUGUAUAAAAAUAGUGUAAAAAUAUAUAAAAAUAUUUUAUAAAAAAUUAUACAAAUCAAACUCUAUGUUAAGUCCCUUGGGUUCUAAAGUCUCCAAAUUAUGAACCCACUUCAUCUCCUCUUUCCCUAUAUUCUGGAUAUAAUUUCCUCCACGCCAAUAACUUUUAAGCUCUUGUAUCCCUAAAAAGGUAAAAACACUAGGAUCUUUGUUGUGGUAUUUUUUUAAAUGUGAGGAGACGCUUUGUUGAUCAAAGGCCUUUCGAAUAUCCGGAGCACUGCCUAUAAUGUGAUUUUACAAGGGUAAUCUCUCAGGCCUACUUCUCUUGCUUUAUCCCAGGGCUAGAAGAAUUGUGCAAAAAACCAACAGAUCUGAAGACUCUGUCACUUGAAUCCCUAAAAAUCCACACAGGACACCCAGUUCCAAAUAGAGCUAACAUGUAAUGCUUUAUUUUAACAAGCCCAUUUGUUCAUUACACUUAGAUUGCUGUGACAACUUCAAUAAAAUACAAAUAACCAAAUCAUAGCAGACAACAUAUAGCAAGUUAUUAUAACACAAUGACAUAUUCAUAAGGGGGUUGGGAAGACACUAAUUAACCCUAAAUAUAUCUCUCCUGUCUGCAGAAUUAGCAAUAUGAAAAUCUAAUUUCUAAAUUAACAAACCUUGCUAUUCAGCUAGUGCAUAUAGCUGUUUCUACCAAGAGAGGGUGCUAUACAGGCUCCAUAUCCAAAUCCACCUAGUUGGUAGUAGGCAUCAGCAGGACAGGAGAGCACACAAACAAUUAACAAUAAGUACAUAAUACACAUACAUUACACACACCUUGCACCUACAGUGUGCACAGGGUGACUUAAACAAACAUAGGAGUCAUCCAGGUAUCUAACUGAAGUGUCCAUCUUAUGUUACCAGUGAUGGUGACUACCUCCAUCACAAUAAAUAUAAAAAAAAUAAAAAUUGUAAAAAAAAUAAAUAUAUAUAUAUAUAUAUAUAUAUAUACAAAUUAAAAUCAAUAUAAAGACCUGAGGGGGCUAAAGACUCCAAAUAAAUAACCCAUCACAUCCACACCCACGAAAUUACACCAUAGGGUGCUUACAUUACACCUAGAGCGGACGUUGCACUUAAUAUUUUUCUCCCCCCUCCUCCUGGGAUCCCCUUUGUUAAGGGUCGUACACUCUAGUUGAGCUACGUUUUCUUAUAUAUUGUUGCGCAUACACAAUGAGACUAUACCAUACCCACAUGUCUUACAAUGCAUCAUGCAGAGACACACACUACAGAUGCUCACUACUGCCAUAGACUCACUUUCUCAGUCCGCACCAUACACAAUAGUUUGUAUAGCUAUGGUGCAUUACAUGCGUUUUUGUUUGAAUCUGUAAUUUUUUUUCUUUCCCUCGAUACUCACGUAGAUGCACUGGAAUUUUAUGACUGUGAAAAAAUUAGAAUGGGCAUACACAACACAUACAGUUGUGCUCAAAAGUUUUCAUACCCUUGGGGAAUUGGUAAUAUAUGUACCAUUUAGAAUGCUUCUUUAGAAUGCUUCUUCUAUGGUUCCAAUGCCCUGGUUGGAACUUAUACAAUCGACCUUCCAUCGUUGUAUAUGGCUGGGUAAGAAACCAAGACUAGGUCUACAAGUCUUAUAAAAAAAAAGGGAGAAACCUAUAUUAAUGCACACAAUAAUUACACAAAAAAGGGAGAGUCCAAAGGAAGGUUGGUUUUCUUUGGAACAGGAUGUAGUAAAUAUAUAGAUAAAUAACUUAUAAUAAUAAUGAUAAUAAUAAUAAUAACUUAGGAAUCCACUCAAUAAAAAUAGGAUGACCUUGAGACCAGAUGGAAGCCUAGCGCUUUGUCAGAUUUUAUGCAGUUGGAAAGUGACUGGAAAGAAACUAGGUCUACAAAAUAAAAUUCUUUCAUCUUUACCUUUGGUAUUUACUACUUAUUUAACGGAAGAUUUAUAUCUUAAUAAAGUAUAUAUCUUGAUAAAGUCACUGAUUAACUUACAAACUGAAUACAGAUUGCAUCAAAGUGAAACUUUUAAAUAUUUGAGAGUAAAAGGCAUUCUUAAUAAACAUCUUGAUAGACGUAACACUGGAACACCCAGCCAGCUCAUGAAUAAUAUGAUUCGGCAGAAGGAUUACAAAAUACUGAUGACUGUCCCCAUUUGAUAAAGACACUAAGGAUAGAUUAUGCCCAGUGACAAUUAAAAAAAUGGGGACAAAAUCUACAUUUUACAAUAAGAUUGGAAAUUAUUCUUUGAAACUAUUGGAUCGGGCUAUUCCAUGUUUAAAACUUAAGGAAUUACAAUUUAAGUUGAUGAACAGGUGGCAUUUAGUUCCUGUUAGCAUCGCUAAAAUGUAUCUAAACAGCACUGAUAGAUGCUGGAGAUGCAAUCAAUCGAAGGGUAAUCAGAUGCACAUAUGGUGGAGUUGCUCUCUAGGCACCCAGAUCACUUCAGCUCAUUGAAGUGGUCUGGGUGCCAACUGCCAUCACCCUUUGUCACGACUGCUAGUGUGGUCCAGCAUGCAGAACUAUGUAAUAUCUACAUAGACAGAAUAGCAAAAGGACAGAACGUAAACCUGUCCUUAGAAUGGCAGGAUUAAUACAUUGAAAGACAGAGAAUGGUCAAGGGAAAGCCGAGGUCAAGGAAGCCAGAAAGACACGAGAAUGAUAUGGAAAGCCAAGUCAAGGGAACCAGAAAUCAGAGUAGUCAAGGAUAGCCAAGGUCAAAAUACCGGGAAGGUCAAAUACAAGACAAGAAAUCGCACUCUCGGGAACCAAAAACUGAAACCACGACAGGGCAAUGAGCUAGGGAACUUCAGGGAUUUAAAUAUCCCUCCUUGUGCUGUGAUUGGUCAGAGCAUGACCUCUGACCCCAGAAUGUGAAAGGUUGUGACCCUCGGGGGGGGCUAUAAAUGGUCGCGACUGCGUCGUCUGUGCCAUUUUGCUUUGCAGCAGAGGGGACAGAGAUCCCAGUGGGACCGCUCCUGGCUUGUCGUCGAGUAGGUAAGCUCAGCCUAUCAGCGAGGUUGCACUGAUAGGGUGCGACCGCCAGUGGCGGAUCCAGAGCCUGAUCUCGGGAGGGGCACUUGUAGAUUAUUUAAGUGCCUUUUUUUUCAUUUAUUUAUUUUUUAUUUGUUUCCUUUUUUUUUAUUGGACACAAAAGAACAAAAACACACAUAAAAGAAACAUUGACUAUACAAAACAUAUAGUUCUAUUUUAAACAAUCAAUAUAUAGAAUACUUCUCUCCUCCAGUAGGGCCUCACAUUCCAAAUAUUCCCUAUCCCAUUUUUAUUGGAAGGGGAUAACAUAUAAAGCAACAUUCAUGUCUGGCAGGACAGCUCCUAGAGAGGUUAAAUAUUUUCUCCUCUCAUCCUUGGGUUAUUUGUUUAUCAUGCUCACUUAGGGAUCGAUUUUAUCCAUAGAUCCCAUUUAUAAUUCCUUUUCUGAAUACAAUUUUGGUACUUCUCUCUUCCUAUUUCCAUAUUUUAACCUCAAUCCAUAGUGGUGACAUACAAGAUUUCCAUUUUCUGGCUAUUGUGAUAUUUGCUGCUAGCAAAGUAUGUACUACUAUGCCAUACUCUGCUUUGGGCAUUUUUGGAAAAUUUAAAAAUAGAAAGUAAGAUUCUGGUUUCAGUGGGAGUUUGAUCUUACUGAUUGCUUGGAUUUUGUCCGGCUCGGGGCCAGGUAGAUACGGUUACUGAGCUUAAAUUGCAUCUCUGUUAAAUUCAGGCAUCUUACUGAUUUACAGACUUUUUGAAAAGCUCCUGUUAAUUCUUUUUGAGUAAUUUUAACUUGUAUGUCCCUUUACCAUUUCUCUGCGGCCCUGAUUGAGCUUAUUUUUCCCCCAAUCUUAGCAGUUCUUUACAUCAAGCUAGCAUGCCUUUUGAUUCAAUCUUUCUUUGGAUUGUUUGGAUCUUUGUAAUUGUCUCUUUAGGUUCUAGGCAUAAAUGUUUCCUAAUAUUUCCUUUUAUUUGUAAAUAGUUAAAAAAAAUUCUCCUUUAAGUUCUUGUGUUUUUUCAGAAAUUUUAAUCAAAGUUUUAAUACGUUUAUCCACCAGUUAAUCACUUAUUGUCCUUAAGCCAUUUCUAUACCAUUUACUCAGAUUAAUGUAUUUUAUAUCAUUUGCUAAAUUUUCCAGGGGAGUAUUUAUUAGGACUUUGUUAUUUAACUUUAUUUUCUUCCUAAAUUUCUGCCAAUUAUUUAAAAUGUGCUCCAUAAUUAAACAUCUUCCAACUAUUGGCAUUUUUGAUACUUCCAUUGUCCAAAAUUCAUAAAAAAUGCAUGCAUCAACAUGCUUGCAUUAUGGUAUUCAUGUAUAUCUGGCAUAGAAAGUCCUCCUUGAGCAGGUUUCAGUUUAGGACCGUCUAGUUUUAUCCUCGUUUUUUACUACGCCAGACAAAGUUCCUAAAUGCCGCCUGAACCAUAGAGAGAAAGCUACUGGGGACUAUGAGGUGUACCAUACGGAGAAGGUAUAACCAUUUGGGGAGAACAUAUGAUAUUAAAAUAUUUAUUCUUCUCCAGAAUGAGAAUUCCAUCUUUCCCCAAUCUUUCAACUGUUUAGACGUUUGUUUAAGAAGAGGUAAGAAAUUUGCUUCUAUUAUUUUGUUUGGGUCAGAGCAUAUCGUUAUACCAAAGUAUUUCAUACUUGAUGACCAAUCAAAUUUGUAUUUCGUUUUUUUUUUUUUAAUGCAAAUUUUUAUUGAUUUUCAAGUAUAUGGGGUACAGAAAAGAGAAGGGAGUUAUAAGGAUAACAAUGGGGGAAAGCAGACAAUAUGGACUUUUACAAGGUUUGUUAUCAAGUUUUUCGACAGUGACAUUUAGGGUUUCGCAGGCGGCUGUGUCCGCAAUAACAAUAUACCUGAUAUACACAUACUUAAGGUUGCUUAGUAUAGUUUUACACUCACGUAUUGUUUACCCGUUGUUGGGUGUUUGUGGGCAAAGCAGUCUGGUGCGGGAGGAUAAAGGUUGGUUCUGUAAGCACGGUGUUGCGUGCUGGUACAGUCUGUCAGGCCAUAUUUAACGGUCUCAAGGUGGAUUUUGGUGAUUUGUGGCUUGGUCGUAUAAGCAUGUCCACUGUUUCCAUGUUGAAUGGAACUGUUGUGAUUCUAUACUAUGGGUCAUCGUCAUUCGUUCAUAGACAUGGUAUUGUUGAAUCUUGUCCCAUAGUUGUGUUUUAGAUGGACAUAGGUGCGACUUCCAGUUCGUCGCUAGAAGGUUCCUGGCCGCCAGUAUCAUGAUGGCGCACACCUGUCUGUGUUCUCUAGCUAGGUCACUGGGGAGCAUAAGCAUGAGGUAUGUUUGCGGGCUUGGCAAUAGGUUUGUCACGCCCAAUUUAUACAGCAAUCUCCUAACCUCUGUCCAGAGGGGUUGUAUCACUGGACAUGUCCACCAUAUGUGGAGGAAUGUACCGGUGUCCCUUGAACACCUCCAGCAUGUCGGUGUGACACUGGGGUAUAUUUUAUGUAACCGACUUGGCGUCAUGUACCACCUAUACAGUAGCUUCCUAUGCGCUUCUAUGUGUGUGUAACAUCUAGUGAGUUUUGAGAGGCUAUUUAUUGCUCUGACCCAGUCGUCCUCUGAGAGUUGAAGGGAGCAGUCCUCCUCCCAUUUAGUCUUACAGAGGGGGGUGUGUUGUGGUAGUGUGGUCUCCCACAUUUUGUAACAGAGGGAGAUGGCUUUUGGUUUAUUUGGUGCGGCCCAGCAUCUGUCUAAAAUCCCGCCCGCCACCAGUGAUUGCUCCCGAGUGUUGUUGUGUAGGUUCACAUGAGUCAGUAUGGUCCCUUUGAGUCUUAGGUAGGUAAAUACCUCCCUCAUCGGUAGGUGCCAUUUGGCCUGUAUAUCCGCGAAUGCUAUUACGCCUUUAUUGUCUACUAGGUGCUGGAUGUUGGUGAUUCCUGCCUUAGUCCACCUUGUUAGAGGGAGAUCGGGGGAUGCGGUUCUUAGGGCAGUCAGUGGUGCCCGGGGAUGGAAGGAAAGUUUGCACCCCAUUGUGGCCAUAAACGUGUCCCAUGUACGAAGUGUCAGAGACGUUGAGUGAAAUAGGUCUAGUUUGGGGAUCCGUAGGUGUUUAGGCGUCCAUAGGACAUCAACUAUAUUUAGUGUUUUUAGUUGGGCGUUUUCCAUGUCUACCCAGCUGAUGUCCCCUUUAGGAGAGUGUAACAUUAUGCCGGCUGUUAGCGCCGCGGCUUUAUAGUAUUGGUUAAUGUUUGGUAGACCCACUCCUCCUUGUUUGACCUGAGUGUACAAAAGUCUGUGAGGGAUCCUGGGCUUUUUAUUGUCCCAUAUAAAGGUGUUGCACGUGUGUUGUAUGCUCUUAAGCAGAGGUUGUGGUACCGUGAGAGGUAGCAUACGGAAAACAUAAAGAAUUUUGGGUAAUAUAGACAUUUUGAAGGCGUUAAUCCUUCCUAGCCAGGAUAGGUGUACAUGUUUCCAUUUUAGGGUGUCCGCCUUGCACAUGUGUGGUAAGGGUAGGUAAUUUAAUUUUACGAUUUUUGCUAUGGAAGUUGCGAUUUUGACCCCUAGGUAUGUGAGGGAUGAGAGUCUCCAGUCAAAUUGGUGUUGUCGUUGUAGUGUCUGCGUGCGUUCUAAGGGUAGGUUAACCGUCAGUGCCUGAGUUUUAUCUUGGUUAAGUUUAUAGUGGGAAACUAAGCCAAAGUCGGUAAGUGUGUUCAUAAGGUGUGGCAAUGACUUCUCUGGGUCUGUUAAUGACACCAAGACGUCAUCGGCAAACAGUGCCAGUUUGUGUUCCUGGCCUGUCACUGUUACUCCUCUUAUGUCAGGAUUCGUACGGAUCUUUAACGCCAGAGGUUCCAGCGAGAGAAUGUAGAGGAGGGGGGACAAGGGGCAACCUUGGCGCGUCCCAUUAGUAAUAGAGAAUUUGUCAGACGUAAAGCCUCCGUUGGAGACCCUCGCCGCUGGUGCGCUAUACAGCGCCGCUAUCCCUCUAAUCAUUUCGGGCGGAAAUCUGUACCUCCCCAGGACUUCAGACAUGUACUUCCAAUUGAGGCGGUCGAAUGCCUUCUCCGCAUCUAGCGCCAAGAGAAGGCCCCCUGUGUUGUUUUUUUCCAUAUGUGUCAGUAUGUUGAGGAUUCGUCUGGUGUUGUCUGAGCCCUGCCGUCCUCUGACAAACCCUGACUGGUCGUUAUGCACUAAGUUUCUGAGGAGUGGUGCUAUUCUGUUGCUAAGGAUCUUGGCGUAGAUUUUAGCAUCCCCAUUUAGUAAGGAGAUGGGUCUGAAAUUUUUACAGUGUGUCGGUGGUUUUCCUGGCUUGGGGAGGGUGGAUAUGUGUGCUAGAAGUACUUCAGCCGGUAGGGCUCCUCUGUCAUUACUCUGUCUGUAUAGUUUCAACAAGUACGGGGAGAGGGUAUUCGCAAAUAGUUUGUAAUAGGCAUUGGUGAGACCGUCUGGUCCAGGUGAUUUGUCAACGGGUAAGUCUUUGAUCACCGAAGUGAUCUCUUCUAAGGAGAUAGGCUGUCGUAGUGAUUGUAUUGCGGUCGGUGUCAGGGCGGGCAAGCAGAGGUCUUGUAGGAAUACGUCUAUGUCCGCUACAGUUGGGACCUUAGUGGUACCCUCUUCACUUAAAUUGUAUAGCUGACGAUAGUAAUUUGCAAACAUAUUAACAAUAUCUCGUGGGUCAAUAGUUUUGUGACCUUUUCCAUCUGUGAGGUAGGCAAUCCUGGAGGCGAUCAUUUUUUGUUUUAAUUGCGCCGCUAGCUUAGCGCCUGCUUUAUUCCCUGCCGCGAAGAAUUUGUGUUUUGAUUUUCGUAAGAGGUAGGUUGUUUUGGUUAACUCUAUAUCUCGUAAUUGUGUUUGCAGGCUCAAGAGUUUUCGUUGUGUCUCAGGGGUGGGUGCAUGUUUGUUGUUGUGUGUGGUGUGUUUGAUCUCACUGAUAAGGGCUAAGUAUUGUGCUCUUUGUGUCUUGUAGGCAUGGCUGGCAUGUUUUAUGAAGCUGCCUCUAAUGACCGCCUUGUGUGCUAGCCAGACAUAAUCCGGAUCAGUGUUGUGCUUAUCAUUGUCCUCGAAGUAGUUUUGUAGGUCCUGUGUGACUUCCUGGACUAUGUGUGUGUUUGUUAACAAGGUGUUGUUUAACCUCCAAGUUCUCUGGCCAGUCUGAGGGAACUGGUCCUUGAUCGUUAACGUGAUUGGUGCGUGGUCGGACCACGUGAUGUCCCCUAUGGUAGUGUCUAGUAUCUUGAGAAGGGAGGUGGUUCUGACCAAGAACCUAUCAUAUCUGGAGUAGCUAUUGUGUACCGCUGUAUGACAUGUGUAAUCAGUUUCGUUGGGAUGUGUAAUUCUCCAAGGGUCUACGUAAUCAUGUGUUGCUAGGAUAUCGCAUAUGUUAUGCGAUUGUGUGAGCCGUUUCUUAGAGGUGUUGGGUGUUAUAGUAUGUGAGGCAGAGGAAUCUUUAAAACUAUCUAGAAGAAAGUUGGUAUCUCCUCCAAGUAUUACCUCCCCAAAGCUGUACAUAUUCAACAAGGCAAAUAUUCGGUGCAAAAACAUUUCUUGGUUAGCGUUGGGUCCAUAUACAUUCAUUAAUGUGAAGGGGUUGUUGUUAAGGUGACACUGAACGAUGAGAUAUCUACCUGUCUUAUCGCUAAUCUUACGGACCAGCUCAAAGGUGACGUUCUUGCUUAUUAAAAUAGAGACUCCUCUUUUUUUUGUGGAGCAGCAGGAGUGGUGAUCUAUUGGAAACCAGGGGGAGUUAAAUUUAGGCCGUGAACCCCAUUUAAAAUGGGUUUCUUGAAAGAAGGCUACCUGCGCCUUACAUUUUUUGGCUUCUAAAAGUGCCAGUCUUCGCUUAUGGGGCGUGUACAGCCCUUUGGCAUUGAGAGAAAGUACAGUGAUUGACAUCCUCACCGCUAUAAUCAGGUGGGCAGGGAGGUAAAGGCUAUGCCGUGCUACUCAGCCCCUAGUGUCACCUUAUUUCGUCAAGUGCGUGGGUGGGGGUUGGAGGGGUGCGGUAGGGUUCAACGUAUAACAAUACAACUUGAACUAUAUACAAAACCCGUUAGCUGGGUGGCUUAGUGCAGAAAUCUGCCGACGGGUAAGGAAAUGGCUUACUAAGUAAGCCGAGUGGGGCUCUGUGGGUGCUGGUAGGUAUUACCUGUUACGGUUUUCCUAUGUUACCUAGAAUAAGAAAAUUUUUUUUUUUUUUUUUUUGAUUAUAGUGCCCUGAGUUACCGGGCGCAACGCUAUACGUGUGCGUCCCUCUAUUGAUAUACCGUAUAGGUAAUAUUUCUUAACAGUACAAUUAAGUUUAGGAAAAAAGAAUAACAGUGCCAAUUAAGUAACGUAAACAGUAAAGCGGUUCUCCGCCUGGGUGGGCUCUCGGCUGUGAGACACCUUGCAAGUGAGCACAGCUGCGAGGGUGCACCGGGGGGGAACUAGUUGUAUAGUUCUUGUGUGGGAUACAUAUCUGUACUCCAUCAGUGGUGUUCUACAUCCUUGGGCCUCGCUGGAUGGUGUGGCGUCUUCUGUGGUUCUGCCGCGUGCCAUGGGACAGGUCGGUAGUCUCGGGGUUGUUCUCUGGGUGAUGAGGGUGCUGGAGAACUGGCUACGUCAAGUCGGAUGUUCCAUUCUUUGAGCAAUUUUGCGCCAUCUCUUGGGGUAAAGAUUACCAAAUCCACUCCAUUUCGUUUCAGUAGUAUCUUCGUGGGAUAUCCCCAUUUGUACGGGAUAGCAGCAUUCCUAAGCGCUGCGGUUACAGGUGCAAACGCUCGUCUCUUGGUCAUGGUUGCCGCUGACAGGUCAAUAAACAGUUUGAUAUCAGCAAACGGCUUUGGCAAUGAUGGGUUAGAUCUGGAUGCUUGCAUUAAGCGAUCUUUGACCUCAAAGUAAUGGAUUCUGGUGAUUACAUCUCUCGGUGUAGUUGGAGGUAAUUGCUUCGGCUUCGGUAAUCUGUGAGUGCGAUCUAAGCGCAGGUCUGAGGUUUCCAAUGCCGGAAUGAGCGCCUUGAACAGCUCUUUAACGAAUGUGGCCAGAUCUUGAGGGCCUACUGUUUCAGGGACACCUCGUAGCCGUAUAUUGUUUCUCCUGUCCCUGUCCUCGUUAUCAGCGAUUUUGCUCUCUAGGAAUU